AUGAUCAUUUCUCUGUAUUUAAUUGGUCUUUGUACAUGUGCAUUUUAUCUACAUUUUGUUUAUCACAACUGGAAAUAUCUGAAGUUUUCUUGGCAAGAAAAAAACGGUUUUUGGUAUCCUAUAUUGCCUUUGGUUGGUACCACGUAUGUCAGUUUAUUUUCUGGGUCAUUAAACGUGAUAUCAUUGUUGCAAUGGAUCGACAAAACCAAAGGCUUUCCGUUCAAUUUGUGGUACGUCGACAAGUACAUGUACAUAACCAGAGACGCCAAGGAAGUGAAAACCAUCGUGAACCAUCCGAAAUGCUUCAAUAAGGCACUAAUCUACGAUAAGUUUAAGUUUAUUUUCGAACAUUCCAUUUUUUUAGUGUCUGAUGAAACAUGGAAAAAACAACGUAAACAUUUUGUAACGGGCUUCAAAUCAAACAUUUUGAAGAACAACGUUUAUGUUUACUAUAAUCACAGUUGCCAGAUGAUUGAAGAUCUGAAAUCUGUUGAAAUGCCUGAAGAUAUUUUUCGAUAUUUUGAUAGAUACGCCAUUCAAAGCUUUUUUUUGGGAUAUACAGGCAUAAGCGAAUACCUAUCUUUAUUUGAAAUGGAAAAAGUAGGCGAUAUCAUAUUGGACAUUCAAAAUCUUCUUAAGUCGUUGGUCGUAAUGCCAUUUCUCAGUCCCAAAGUGUGGCUGGCGAAUUUUCCUGCAGGUAGAAAGGCCACAAAAUUGCUGAAAGAAUCUAAGGAGAUAAUGAAAUAUAUAAUCGCACAAAAGGAAAAGGUGCUUAAAGAAAAUCAGGAAUAUUGUGAAAAUGACAAGGAUCUUUUGGAACUAUGUUUAACUUGCGAUACAGACGAUUCGGAUGAUGAUAAGAUCAUCCAACAAUUGGAUUUUAUUGCUUCAGCUGUCAGCGAUACCACAGGGAAUGCGUUCGCUUUUAUUUUUGUAUUAUUGGGCAUGCAUCAAGAAAUACAGGAAAAAGUAUAUGAGGAAGUAAUGGAAGUAGUGGGCGAUAAAGAUAUAGCGCAUCAAGAUUUGCCGAAUUUGAAAUACACCGAAGCCGCAGUUUGCGAAACUUUGAGAUUAUUUCCAAUAGUUCCACUUAUAGGAAGAGCUUGUGGAGAAGACAUUGAUUUAGGUGCAAAAAUAAUUCCAAAAGGCUCCUCAUGCCUAGUCAGCAUCUUACAUUUACAAAGAGACCCGCAAUACUGGCCAGAUCCAUUGAAAUUUGAUCCUUCCAGAUUUUUGCCAGAAAACCAAUCGAAAAUAAAUCCGUCUUCUUUUAUGGCAUUUUCAGCUGGACCUAGAGAUUGUUUAGGUAAAGCACAGGCAUUGGCAAUGAUGAAAGUGACUGUGGCCAACGUUGUCAGAUAUUUCAAAAUAACGUCAAAACAUAAGACCAUUGAAGAAUUGACUUUGGAAUCUUGCUUGACCAUGAAAACAAAAGAAAGUCCUGAUUGCCGUUUUUCUGCUAGGAAAGAAUUAUAGAAUAUUUAUUAUUAUUAUUAUUUCUAA